AUGCUGAUGGCAAAGAUUUUCUGGGACACCAUCUUGUUGAUAAGUGGUUCUUUUAGUAUAUCUUUGGUACUCAACGGGUCCUUCUAUACAUUUGGAUCAAGACAAGACAAUUCAACGCUAAGUGAUGCCAACAUCUCUUUAGAAAGCAACUCAACGGCUUUGACAUAUUUUUCAACAAAUGGCUCCUAUCCAGAAAGCUCAAUAAACCAAACUACGACUGAUGUUACAAGUACAACGGGCCGCUCUCCAAUUAAAAAGUCUGUGGCCGCAGCCGUGCGCUCUCACUUCGAUGACUGCCCUGACUCCCAUCGUCACUUCUGUUUUCAUGGAACUUGUCGGUUUAUUAUUCUGGAGGAGGCACCAGCGUGUGUGUGUAACCAAGGCUUUGUGGGGAUCCGGUGUGAGCACGCAGACCUGUUGGCGGUUGUCGCCACUAAGAACAGUCAGAACACCGUCGCCACAGUGUUGGUGUUUUGUGUUAUCAGCUGCGUCCUCAUCGCAGUGCUAGUUACUCUUCUACACUGCUGGUGGAGACAGCUCUGCCGGCAGAGGAGGUACGCACACCAGCACCGGACUGAGAAGAUCAGCAGCGGAGUGUCCUACGGAGUGUCCUACUGGCCGUCAGAAAGUGUGGUUUGA